AUUACAUAGAGUUCUUUCUUCCCAGUGGAUCUAAUUCUCAUCGGAUCGUGAUUAGAGAUGGAAGGUGGUGGUGGUGGUGGUUUUGGUGUUGGUGAUGGUGGAAUGAAAUUGGGGACUUUGAGGUUGAAGGACGAUAGAGGAGGUGUCGGCGGUGGACAAUUUAGAACAGAGGCAUCCAAUUUGGAUGUCGAGGCCUCUGUUUCUUCACCGGUGACUCGUCAGAAAGCUGCUGCUGCUAAGCAGUUUAUUGAGAAUCAUUAUAAGAACCAUCUUCAAGGUCUCCAAGAUCGUAAAGAACGACGCUGGGCACUUCAAAGGAGAGCAAAAGAAGCUCAAAUCUCAAAUGAAGAACAGCAAGAGAUGCUGAGGAAUUUGGAACGGAAAGAGACUGAAUAUAUGCGAUUGCAAAGACAUAAAGUGGGCAUUGAUGACUUUGAGCUAUUAACAGUAAUUGGAAAAGGUGCAUUCGGUGAGGUAAGACUUUGCCGUGCUAAAAACACUGGAGAAAUUUUCGCCAUGAAGAAGUUGAAGAAAUCAGAAAUGCUUAGUCGUGGACAGGUUGAGCAUGUUAGAUCUGAGAGGAACUUACUUGCUGAGGUUGACAGCAAUUUCAUUGUAAAACUAUUCUAUUCUUUCCAAGAUUCUGAAUUUUUGUACCUUAUCAUGGAGUAUUUACCUGGUGGUGACAUCAUGACCCUUCUAAUGAAAGCGGAUGUUCUUUCUGAAGAUGUUUCACGAUUUUACAUAGCAGAGAGCAUUCUAGCCAUUCAUUCUAUUCACCAGCAUAACUACAUUCACAGGGACAUAAAGCCAGAUAACUUGCUAUUGGACAGAAGUGGACAUUUGAAGCUCUCAGAUUUUGGCUUGUGUAAGCCCCUGGAUUGUAUAUAUUCAACAUUUUUAAUGGAAAAUGAACUCUUCAGUAUUCAGGAACCAGAAAAAAUUGAAACUGAAGGACUUUCUGAUAGAGCUCCUUGGCUAAUGCCAAAAGAACAAUUACAGCAAUGGAAACGCAAUCGACGAGUAUUGGCAUAUUCUACUGUUGGAACUCUUGAUUAUAUGGCGCCUGAGGUAUUGCUGAAGAAAGGAUAUGGAGUGGAAUGUGACUGGUGGUCUUUGGGGGCGAUAAUGUAUGAGAUGCUUAUAGGUUAUCCUCCCUUUUGUUCUGAUGACCCAAGGAUCACGUGCAAAAAGCAGAUAAUCAACUGGAGAACAUGCUUGAAAUUCCCUGAGGAACCAAAAAUAUCAGAAGAGGCUAGGGAUCUGAUAUGUCGUUUACUAUGUGAUGUUGACUCUAGGCUGGGGACCAGAGGAGUAGAAGAAAUAAAGGCACAUCCAUGGUUUAGAUGGGUUCAGUGGGACAUGCUGUACGAAAUGGAAGCUGCCUACAAGCCCACUGUGAAUGGAGAAUUAGAUACUCAAAAUUUUGAGAAGUUUGAUGAGGUAGAAGGUCCACCAUCAGCAUUGCCAAGAGUAGGACCCUGGCGUAAGAUGUUGACGUCAAAGGAUGCCAAUUUCAUUGGGUACACUUACAAGAAAUCAGAUGUUCUAAAAGCAAUCGGAACUUCAGGUACAGUCAUGAAACCAAAUGGUUCCUCAAAGACAUCCUCCAUUGUUUCCUUGUUUGGGCAAGUUGAACUGGAAGAAAGUGUGAAUCCAAAUGGUGACACCUGUUGAUCUCUUCUAGUUUCUUUCCUAUUAGAGCAGGCAUGCCUUUUUUUUAUAUGCCUCAUCCAAGAAGCUGUUGUAGGAAGUGAAAACAUUGUAUUUUCCUCUCAAUUAUUCUACACAUGUGGAUAGCUGAUCUAAUCCUGGUCACUUUUGCCCCUCCAAAAGAAGGAAAUUUUUGGUAUGUAAAUGAUUUUUACAGGAAGAAGAUGACUUCUUUUUAUCUUCCCUUGAAAUGUUUGUAAGGCUAUGAAUAAGAAGUAAUAUUCAGUUUUU